AUGAAAGGGUGGUUCUUCCUGGCUCCCCUCGUGGGCGCUGCUGUGCUAGGUUCAAGGUCACAGCUUGAUGAUUGUCCGGGUUACAAGGCUUCCAAUGUGAAACAGCUGGGUCAGACCUUGACAGCCGACUUGAAGUUGGCCGGGGAUCCCUGUAAUACUUAUGGUACUGAUCUGCCGAAUCUCAAGCUUCUGGUUGAGGCCCAGACGGAGGACCGGCUCCAUGUUAUGAUUUAUGAUGCCGAUGAGCAGGUCUACCAGGUUCCUGAAUCUGUCGUUCCCCGUCCUACCGGGCAGAAAGGCGUUCACCAGAAAAAGUCUGCUCUCCGCUUCGACUACAAGGAGAAUCCUUUCUCGUUUAGAGUCCUUCGCGGAAAAGAAGUCCUCUUUGACACUACUGGUACGGAUAUUGUCUUUCAAUCUCAGUACUUGAAUCUGCGCACUUGGCUCCCGAAUGAUCCCAACCUCUACGGUCUCGGUGAACAUACUGAUUCUCUGCGGCUGCCUACGACGAAUUACACUCGUACCUUGUGGAAUCGUGAUGCGUAUGGCAUUCCAUCGGGGACGAACCUCUACGGUGACCAUCCGAUCUAUAUUGAUCACCGUGGGGAGAAGGGUACUCAUGGUGUUUUCUUCUUGAAUUCUAACGGCAUGGAUAUCAAGAUUGACAAGAGUGAUGAUGGCAGGCAGUAUCUGGAGUAUAACACUCUAGGUGGUGUUCUUGACUUCUAUUUCAUGGCUGGUCCGACUCCCAAGGAUGUUAGUGUGCAGUAUUCCGAGGUUGUUGGACUCCCUGUUAUGCAGAGUUACUGGACCUUUGGUUUCCACAACUGUCGCUAUGGCUACCAGGAUGUCUUCGACGUCGCCGAGGCUGUAUACAACUAUAGUCGAGCUGGUAUCCCGCUUGAGACUAUGUGGACUGAUAUCGACUACAUGAGUGGCCGGAAAGUGUUCACUCUCGACUCCGAACGGUUCCCCAUUCACAAGAUGCGGGAAUUGGUUUCGUACCUGCAUAAGCAUGACCAGAAGUAUAUCGUCAUGGUUGAUCCGGCGGUUAGCCACUCUGAUAACGGUGCUUUCAACCGAGGCUCGGACCAAGGCAUCUUCCUCUACCGUGACAGCGACCAAAAUGAACUCUACGAAGGAGCCGUCUGGCCCGGCGCAACCGUCUACCCGGACUGGUUCAACCCUGACACCCAAAGCUACUGGAAUGACGAAUUCAACCGCUUCUUCAGCGCAGACGAUGGCGUCGACAUCGACGGUCUCUGGAUCGACAUGAACGAAGCCGCCAAUUUCUGCCCAUACCCCUGCGAAAACCCAGCCCAGUAUGCCGAGGAUAAUGACCUGCCACCCGCGCCACCACCUGUUCGCUCGCCGCCUCGCCAUAUUCCCGGCUUCCCCCGUGAUUUCCAGCCUCAGACUCAGACCUCGAAGCGGGUUAAAAGGGAUGUGGCUGUGGAGCGGAGUCCUCGUGGUCAUCAAGGGAAUCCUGGUGCCGGGAAGAAGGGUAUGAAGAUUGGUCUUGAGGAUCGUGAUCUUAUUAACCCGCCUUAUGCGAUUGCGAAUGAGGCCGGUGGUAUCAGUAAUAAGACUAUUGAUACUGAUAUUGUUCAUGCUGGUGAGGGAUAUGUUGAGUAUGAUACUCACAAUCUCUAUGGAACUAUGAUGAGCUCGGCAUCCCGUGAAGCAAUGCUCAAGCGUCGUCCUAAUGUCCGCCCUCUCGUCAUUACCCGCAGUACCUUUGCCGGAGCAGGAGCCCACGUCGGUCACUGGCUCGGUGACAACCUAAGCGAAUGGAACAAAUACCGCAUCUCAAUUAGCCAAAUGCUCGCCUUCGCCUCAAUCUUCCAAAUCCCAAUGGUAGGCAGCGACGUCUGCGGCUUCGGCAGCAAUACAACGGAAGAACUCUGCGCGCGCUGGGCAAUGCUAGGCGCCUUCAGCCCCUUCUACCGCAACCACAACGAAAUCACGUCCAUCCCACAGGAAUUCUACCGCUGGGAGAGUGUUACGGAAGCCGCGAAGAAGGUUAUCGAUAUUCGGUACCGCUUGCUUGAUUACUUGUAUACUUCUUUCCAUAAGCAGACCCUGACGGGUGUACCCUUCCUCCAGCCGCUUUUCUAUGUUUAUCCCGCUGAUUCCAAUGUUGUGGGCAAUGAGUUGCAGUUCUUUUAUGGGGAGGCUAUUCUUGUUUCGCCUGUUUCUGAGGAGGGGGCGACUUCUGUGCAGGCGUAUUUCCCUGAUGAUUUUUUCUAUGAUUGGUUUACUGGGGAGAAGGUUGUUGGGGCUGGUGCUACACAGACAUUGUCUGGUGUUUCCAUUACUGAUAUCCCUCUUCAUAUCCGUGGUGGGAGUAUUCUUCCCCUUAGGGUUGAGAGUGCGAUGACGACUACUGAGCUGCGCAAGCGUGGCUUUGAGAUUCUUAUUGCGCCUGGUGUUGAUGGCUCUGCUGAGGGUGAGUUGUAUCUUGAUGAUGGCGAGUCGAUUGAGGUUGAGAGUGCGGCGGAGAUUCGGUUUGUGUAUCGCGAUGGGAAGUUGAAGAUCAGUGGUCGCUUUGGGUAUCAUCCUGAGGUGGCUAUUGAGGCUGUUACUGUGCUUGGACGUGAUGGAGAGUCUCAGUCUAAGCGGGGUGUUGAGUAUGAUGUUGCCAGACGGAGUGUCACUAAGAAGGUUGAGAUUAAGUUGACUGGUCCGGCGGAGGUGGAAGUCUAA